AUGAGCUUCCCAGACGCUGGUUCCCUCAAGGCCCACAAGCAGACACACAAAACGGGGAGAGGGAUGAGUUCAGGGUCUGGGCCUCCGUACUCCUGCACCCAGUGCGGUAAGACCUUCACCCAGGCCUGCAACCUCAAGGUCCACCAGAGGGUCCACCAGGCAGAGGGACUCCACCUCUGCAGCCACUGCUCCAAGGGCUUCACCUCCUUCUCCGACCUGAAGAGGCACAAGUGCAGCCAGACCACAGACAAGCCCUACUGCUGCUCCAUCUGUGGGAACAAGUUCAGUCGGCUCUGGAACCUCAAGCUGCAUCAGCGCAUUCACACGCAGGAGAAACCCCACCGCUGCACUAUGUGUGACAAGAGCUUCACACGGGUGGACAUUUUGAAGGUACACCAGCGCACACACACUGGGGAGAGACCGUACUGCUGUGCUGUGUGUGGACUCUGCUUCAAACGACUAGCCCAUCUAAAGUUACACCAGCACAAACACAGGCCGGAUUUCCUGGCCUGA